AUUGUGCUGGGAGACGGUGAAAGGCGAGCGAGGCCCCGGACCUCUGUACAGUGGACAGCGGACAUUGGAAAUCUGGACAUCAGGAGUUUGGACACCAGACUCUGCGCACUGGGACACGGGCUACAGGACAUCUUAGCAUCAAACUCCCAAGGCAGCGGGUAUCAAAGACCGGGCACUCAUUGGAGAAACCCGGGACAUCUGGACACAAGAGCCCGGUGUGGAACAAGUGCAGGAUGCCCGAACCUGCGAGGAAGUCUGGCUCCUCGUUCACCAAGAAGCCCCGCAGUGUGGUGGUGACCCCGAACAGCGAUGCCACCUUUGUGGCGGAGACGGAGAAGGGGGGGAUCAAGGUGAGAUGGCAGCGCGACGGGGUGGACAUGGGUCCCAGCGACCAGUGGACCAUCACGGACGAGGGGACCAGGCACACACUGACGAUACACAAGGUCUCCAGCCUGGACGCCAAGAGCUAUGCGGUGAUCGCGGGCAGCUCCAAGGUCAAGUUUGAGCUGAAGGUGAAAGAUGAAGCUGGCAUUGCAGAGAACGUUCCCGGAGACGGCAAUGGGCAGAAUGUGGCUGCAGCAGCAAACGGCGAGGUGGCACCAGGAGACCCCACGGGAGUAAACGUUCCGGAUGCCCAGAGUGCCGGGGAAGGUGCGGGAGAAACGGGCACGCCGCAGAUUCCCGCAACCCCGGGCAAUGGCACAGCCCAAGCGACUGAGAAUGAAGGGGUCAGCGCGGCAGCUGCUGAUGGCUUGUUCCUGGAGAGGCCCCAGUCUGGGACAGUGAUGGUCGGUUCCGAUAUCACUUUUGUCACCAGGGUACCAGGUCCCAACAUCCUGAGGAAACCCAACAUCAGAUGGUUCAAAGGCAAAUGGAUGGAUCUCGCCAGUAAAAUAGGAGCACACCUACAGCUGAAAGAGAUGUAUGAUCGCCACACAAAGGUCUACACCUUUGAGAUGCACAUCAUGCAAGCCAAGCUGAAUGACGCAGGAGGAUACCGCUGUGAAGUAACUGACAAAGACAAGUUUGAUUGCUGCAACUUUGAGCUGACCAUUCAAGAGGUCCCAGUGCACGAGGAAAUAGACAUUCUGUCUCAAUUCAGACGCACUAGCACCGACGUUGGCAAGGAGUCCGGAGAGCUGGACUUCAGCGGCCUGCUGAAGAAGAGAGGGGAGGUGAAGAUGCAGUCCCAGCCCGAGGUCGAUGUGUGGGACAUCCUGCAGAAAGCUCCAGCCUCGCAGUAUGAGAAGAUUGCAUUCCAGUACGGGAUCACGGACCUGCGCGGGAUGCUCAAACGCCUCAAAGGCAUGAAGAAGAAGGAGGAGAAGAAAAGCACAGCCUUCCUGAGGAAGCUGGAGCCAGCGUACCAGGUGGACAAGGGGCAGAGGAUGAAGCUGGUGGUGGAGGUGGCCGACCCUGACGCGGAGGUGAAGUGGAUGAAGAAUGGGCAGGAGAUCAAGGUCAGCGGCAGCAAGUUUAUCUUUGAGAACAUUGGGAACAAGCGGGUUCUGACCAUCAACAACUGCUCACUGGCGGACGAUGCAGCCUACCAGUGUGUGGUGGGGGAGGAGAAGAGCAUCACUGAGCUCUUUGUACGAGAGGCCCCAGUGCUGAUCACCCAUCCGCUGGAGGAUCAGGCAGUGAUGGUGGACGAGAGGGUGGAGUUUGAGCUGGAAGUGUCGGAGGAAGGGGCUCUGGUCAAAUGGGAGCGGAAUGGCCAAGAGCUGACAAGGGAGGAGACUUUCAAGUAUCGCUUUAAGAAGGACGGCAGGAAGCACACACUCUUCAUCAACAACGCUACCAAAGAGGAUGCAGGACAUUACACCGCCAAGACUAACGGCGGUCAGUCGGUGGCGGAACUCCUGGUGCAAGAGAAACAGCUGGAGGUGUACCAGAGCAUUGCCGACCUGACGGUCAAAGCCAAGGAUGAGGCGGUCUUCAAGUGCGAGGUGUCCGAUGAAAAGGUGAAGGGGACGUGGUUCAAGAACGGAGUGAAGGUGGAGCCCAGCGACCACGUGCAAAUCUCACACAUCGGCAGGAUCCACAAGCUUGUAAUUGACAACGUACGUCCGGAGGACGAGGGGGAUUACACUUUUGUACCCGAUGGCUAUGCCUUUAACCUCUCAGCCAAGCUGAACUUCCUGGAAGUGAAAAUCGACUACGUCCCCCGACAAGAUCCUCCCAAAAUUCACCUGGACUGCCUGGGCAGUAUCCCCGAUGCCACCAUCGUGGUUGUGGCCGGGAACAAACUGCGGUUGGACGUGCCCAUCAGCGGCGAGCCCGUUCCCAUGGUGGUUUGGACCAAGGCCGACAAGGUGAUCACGGAGAUGGUGGGCCGGGUCCAUGUGGAGAAUCAUCCUGAUCACUGCGUCUUCAUCGUGGAGGGAGCGGAGCUCUCAGACCAGGGGGUCUACACCGUGCUGGUUCAGAACCCGGCUGGGGAGGACAGGGCCGACAUCACCGUCAAAGUGGUUGAUGUCCCCGACCCUCCAGAGGCGCCGCGGGUCUUGAGCGUUGGAGAGGACUGUUGUACCAUCGAGUGGGAACCGCCGGCAUUCGAUGGGGGCCAGCCCGUGCUCGGUUACGUACUGGAGAGGAAGAAGAAGAAGAGCCAUCGCUGGAUGCGGCUGAACUUUGACCUCUGGAAGGAGACGAGGUUUGAGGCCAAGCAGAUGAUUGAAGGCGUUCUCUAUGAGAUGCGAGUCUACGCUGUCAAUGUGAUUGGCAUGUCUCGUCACAGCCCUGCUUCCAAGCCCUUCGUACCCAUUGCUCCGACCAGUGCCCCCACCCACCUGACGGUGGACGAUGUGACGGACAGCACCAUUGUCCUGAAGUGGAGAAUCCCAGAGAGGGUUGGAGCAGCUGGGCUGGACGGGUACCUGGUGGAAUACUGCAUGGAUGGAGCGGAUGAGUGGGUUCCAGCUCAUCAAGGGUUAACUGAACGCAACAGCAUCAUGAUCCGCAACCUGCCAACGGGAGAGAAGCUGCAUUUCCGUGUGAGAGCGGUCAACAUGGCGGGACCAAGCGAGCCGGCAACUCUGGCCCAGCCCGUUACCAUCAGAGAGAUUGUUCAGCGGCCCAAGAUCUGUCUCCCCCGAGCUCUGCGACAGAAACUGGUGAAGGUGGUGGGAGAGACCAUCAACCUCAUGAUCCCCUUUCAGGGCAAGCCCAGGCCAAAGGUCACGUGGCUGAAGGAUGAGCAGCCUCUGGACUCCCAGACCAUCAGCCUCCGCAACAGCGACAGCGACACCGUUCUGUUUGUCCGCAUGGCUCAGCGCCAACACUCGGGCACCUACCAGCUGGAGGUGCAGAUCGAAAACACCCAGGACAGAGCCAGCAUCCAGAUCCAGGUCAUAGAUAAGCCAGGACCCCCUGUGAACGUCAAGGUGGUCGAGGUGUGGGGGUUGAAUGUUGCACUAGUCUGGCAACCUCCCAGUGACAGCGGCAACAGUGAAAUCACUGGCUACACCAUUCAGAAGGCGGACAAGAAGACAAUGGAAUGGUUCACGGUCCACGAGCACUAUCGUCGACUGCAGUGCUCGGUGUCAGAGCUGGUCGUGGGGAACGAGUACUUCUUCAGGGUUUACACUGAGAAUCUGUGUGGCCUGAGUGAGGAUGCCGGCAUGUGCCCAAAGAGCGUGUACAUCCAGAAGCCAGGAACUGAAUACAAGCCACCCAGCUACAGGCAGCACGACUUCAACGAAGCGCCCAAGUUCACCCGCUCCCUGGUGAAUCGCUCUGUGAUCUGUGGGUACAAUGCCACCCUGAGCUGUGCCCUGCGAGGGAGACCCAAGCCCAAGGUGAUGUGGUACAAGAACCAGAUGGACCUGUCGACUGACGCCCGCUUCAGGAUGUUCAGCAACCACGGGGUGCUGACACUGGAGAUUCGGAAGCCCUGUGCCUUUGACGCUGGGACCUACAGCUGCCGAGCCGUCAACACCCUGGGUGAGGCCGAGAGUGAGUGCAAGCUGGAGGUCCGAGGGAUGUAGAAUCCUCGUCGGUGCAUUGCCAGAGCCGCAGAGUGGAGCGAGGUGGCGAGGUCCGAAGAGCUGAAGACCAGCGUCACACUGAGCCUUAGUCCAGGGCUCAGGCUGCCUGACCAGUGUUGAGUUGGUUCUUCUCACCUCUAGUUUAGUCACGGAGACUUUGUGGACAUAUGUGUGUUUUCUGUCAUCCACUUCAAUGUUCGACACCCUGGAAUGGUGAUACUGGCCCAGCUCUGCUGCUUCUGAUCACUUGUAUCACAUUUUAUUCUGAUGUGCACAUGAACGUGUGUUUGUAAUUGGUGGGAGGUGAGGGGAGAACAUGUUCUUGCUGCGGAGACUGUAGUGACUGUAGCAUGAUUUGGCUGUGGGAGGAACACUGUGUCAGAGCAGCUCUCCUUUGUUCAGAGUUGUGUGUUACAUUAGGAGUCCGAUUGUGAUGUACUGGACACCUCUGCACACAGAAAUAAACCCUUCCACCACUU